AUGCCGUACGGACAAUUAUCGGUCACUGUUGUCGAAGCUAAAAAUCUAAAGGAUACCGACUUUUUCGAUAAGGCGGAUCCUUACAUAAUUUUAUCGGUUGAUAGACAGAAUAAAAAACGAACCAAAACAAAACAAGAUGCUGGUAAAAAUGCGGCAUGGAACGAGACAUUUACAUUUGAAAUUAUAGAAGGCCAGAAAGAUAUGCUUUUAGAAGUGUUUGACGAAGAUAUCGGGACCGAUGAUUUAAUGGGAGGUACGAUUGUCGAUUUACGACCAGUGUUUGCAUCUGGUCUCGUUGAUCAAUGGUUUGCACUUAAACGUAAAAGUGGAAAAGCUGCUGGCGAUGUUCGUGUUGUUAUGAGAUUUACUUCCCAGGGCCCAACUUCGGGACACACACAUCCUGCACAAACACCAGGCGGUGCAUAUCCACAACAACCUCACCUACAACAACCUCACCUACAGCAACCUUAUGCUGGAUACGGAGUGCCGCCACAAAACCCUAUUUAUCACGGAUUAGGACCACAAGGAGGUGCGAUGCCAUCUUCAUAUGGCAGUGGUACUCCACCACCAAUUACACCCCCCAGCCAUAUCGCUUAUCCAAGUAGCACUGGUGGAUUCCCUGAUCCCAGUGCUUAUGGUGCCCCAUCUCACGAUAAACAGUAUAGUACUCCACCAGUCCCACAAUAUGGUGCACCAGCGGUUCCACAAUAUGGAGGUGCGCCUACCCCUCAAUACGGUCAACAUGAAACUAAACAUGAAACUAAACCGUCAGGUCCUGCAUGGGCGUCGACGGCUGGUAUCGCUGCAGGCGCUGCUGCGUUAGGAUUCAUCGGCGGCAAAUUAAAACAGCCCAAAAAUGCUGCAGAGUUGGAACUUGCUUUGGAAGAGGAAUGGUCACUAAAUAUAUCCCAAUUUAAUUGA